UGAGAGGCGAAGCCGGCGCGGCGCUGUGAAGGUUAGCCGCGGAGAUGUCUCGGCCUCCGCCGCCCCGUUCUCCGUCGCCGCUGUCGACGCCGAGCAGCCAGUCGUGGCGAGACCUCAGCCACGCCUCCCUGGAGGACCGCAUGGCGCUGACGCGGUCCUGGGUGGCGGCGCCUUCCGUCACCUUCUCGCUCCUCCGCGCCGGCCAGGAUGAGCGGCUCUCCCGGGGACAGGAGGAGGAGCUGACGGAGAGCGAAGAGGAGGAGGAGGAGGAGGAGGAGUCCACCGAGUCGGAGCCCGAGCCGGAGCUCAUGGAGGAGGUGUUGUUUGACGGUAUGUUGACCGAAGCUACCAUUGCCGAAGCCCUCCACACCUUGGGCCAUUCCGCCUCUGGCACGGAGCGUGUCUACCUUCACCUGUCACUUUCGGAUCGUCUUUUGAGUGACGUCCAUAUUCUUUACAAAUACAUCCAUCUUGAAAAACUCAACCUUUCCUACAAUAAAAUCAGCGAUCUCUCCUGCAUCAGUUACAUGCCUUACCUGUUAGAACUGGAUGUCUCCCAUAAUGUACUAACCACCUAUUUUGACUUCCGGCCACCGAAGAAUCUCCAGGUGGCUAAUUUUUCCUACAAUGACAUUUCAAAAAUGAAAGACCUUUCCGAUUAUCAGUCCCUCAAAAAGCUCAUACUGGACAAUAACAGCAUCACGGAGAUUCAGGGCCUGGAGAAUUGCCACAGCCUGACCUACCUGAGCCUGGCGAACAACAAGAUCAAAGCAAUUACCGGCUUAAAACAUUUGCCCAUCAAAACUCUCUGCCUGAAAUCAAACCAGAUCGAGAAAGCAGUGGGCUUGGAAAAACUCGAGGUGUUACAAGUGUUGGAUUUGUCCGGCAACCAGAUCAGCAGCUUGGAGGGUCUGGAAGACCACAAUCUCCUGCAGGACAUCAACCUGGAAGAUAACCAGGUGUCUGAAUUGAGCGAGCUGGAAUAUAUUGAAUCCCUGCCUCUGCUGAGAGUGUUCAGCCUCUUGAAGAAUCCCGUUCAGGACCAAGAAGAUUAUUGGCUCCUGGUGAUUUUUAUGCUGCUCCGACUGAUCAAACUGGAUCACAAGAAGAUCUCCGCGGAGGAAAAGGUUGCCGCUGUGAACAAGUAUGACCCCCCUCCAAAAGUGGUGGCUGCUCAGGACCACAUGACUCACAUCAUGUACAGCAUGAUGCAACCCCAACACAUCUUCAACAGCACCCUGCCCAGCCUUGAUGCCCCCUACCCCAUGCUGGUGUUGACCGGACCUCUGGCCUGCUGGAAGCGAGAACUGUGUCACAGGCUUUGCCGGAAGUUCAACAACUAUUUCAGAUACAGCCCCUGUCAUACCACCAGGAGCCCUUAUUUCGGAGAAGAGAACCGAUUAGAUUACUAUUACGUAUCUCAGGAGGAAUUUGACAAGAUGGUGAACACGGGGAAAUUCAUAGUCACUUUCAAAUAUAGCGGCUUCUACUACGGGCUGAGCCGAGAGAUCAUCGAAAGCAUCGCUAGGGAAGGGCUGGCAACCUGCGUGCAUUUAGAUAUAGAGGGUGUCAGAAGUUUAAAGAAUUCCUACUUCGUGCCACGAUAUAUCCUACUGAUUCCAGUGAACAAAGAGAAAUAUGGGGGUCACCUCCGGAGGAUGGGGUUGUUCAGCAGACCGGAGAUCGAGGAAGCUCUCCGCCGGGUGGACAUGUACACCCGAGUGAAUCAGGAUUUCCCAGGCUUCUUCGAUGCCGUCAUCAAUGUAGAUGAUUACGAUGAAGCCUUCUCCAAACUUAGUGGUCUUCUGGAAGAGUUCCUGGGGCUGGUGCAGCCUUCUGAAUCCAAAGCCACAGUUCCUGCAGCGGACGGCAAGCACCUUUCAGCUCCCAGCAAGGAGUCGACUGCAGCUCUGAAGGUAAGCAACGUCAGAGGGACCGAUGGUGUCGCCCCCUCACCGACUCCCAAUGAAUUUCUGGAUUCCUCAGCCAAAAAUUACUCCGCCAAAAUAUCAGCCCAACUUUCAGCGCAGAAGACCCUGGUGAGACACCAUCCCAAGGCCAAAGCGCUGGGAAUGGAACACAACGGCUGACCACUCAGUCAAUUUUAUUCAAAUAUGAUUAGACAACAAGGUACCAGCAAUGGGGAGGAGGUACUGGGGAGGAACAAGGUGGGAAAAGUUCGCCGGCAAAGUUUGGCAUGCGAACUUCAGUUCUGACUUUGCUGUACUGUAAACCACUUGACUUUUAGUAAAGCCUACCUUUUCGCUAAAAAUGGGAGUUGAGGGUCUUUCUUUCCUAAAGGACCAAGUCGUGGCAGAUCUGACACAUUUAGCUUCUCACCCAAGAAGCUUCUGUGGGAGAUGACCAGGCUGAGCCCGAGGGAGGGGUCAAACGCAUCGUAAGUUUUGAGUCCCUUCCCACCCAUGAGAGAUUUAGGUCCAUCCCACCUUGAAUGCCUUCUUUAUCUCCCGCUCGUUUCCCUUGACUGUUAGUAGUUCAGGUUCUUGUAGAGAGUUUAAGCUAGCAAGAAAUCUCUAGACUCGUUUGAACUGCCCGAAUCUCCUGAUUUCCCCGGCGCUUGGCAGCUUCUUCAGUUCAGUUCAGGAGAUUUAUUUUCUUCCCCUGCCCAUCGUGAGGAGGCCCUUUCCUUUGAUCCCAGGCUACUGGGGAAGAAUGUCAACAUGAGUAGAUCCUCAAGGUCUCCCGUUCACGGAUACCUAGUCACAGGAAAGGAUUCCUUGGUUUGACUUGGAGCAAGGCCAGGAAGUCUUCCCAUCAUGGAUCCAUUUAUGGUCCUCCACGGGGGGGAAAAACAUACUCAACGGAGAAGUUCCCUGCUUUGUAUCCAGAAGAUCCCAACAUCUUUUGGAAGAGAGGAGUCCAGAAAGAGUGAUUGACAGUUUCUCUGUGUAUAUUUUAAGCAACCUGGUCCCCCCAAAAUCAGGAGAAACUCAGUAGCACCUUAUCUGACUACCUUUGAUUCCAGCAUAAGUGAAAUUGAUGCCUUGCAAGAAAAUUAAUAGCUGAAAAAGAGGGGGCCACCAGACAUUUUCUGAUGGUUUGCUCCACAGACUAACUCUUUGGGGUUUCUCCUCCAGUAAAUUUUUCAACCAACCCUUAGGAGAAGUUUGGCUUUGGCUAGUCUAGAGAAAAGAAGAACUAGGGGGGACAUCAUAACUGUCUUCCAAUAUUUGAGGGGCUGCCCCAAAGAAGAGGGAGUCAAGCUAUUCUCCAAAGCACCUGAGGGCAGGACAAGAAGCAACAGAUGGAAACUAAUCAAGGAGAGAAGCAACCUGGAAUUAAGGAGAAACUUCCUAACAGUGAGGACAACUAACCAGUAGAACUGCUUGCCACCAGAAGUUGUGGGUGCUUCAUCCCUGGAGGCUUUUACGAAGAGACUGGACAGUCCCUUGUCUGAAAUGGUACGGAGUCUCCUGCUUGAACAGGGGGCUGGACUAAAAGACCUCCAUAGUCCCUUCCAGCUCUAUUCUGAUCGAGAAGCAAGAGGAGAAACCUCACCCAAAGCCAGAUGGCGAUGGUGGGAGAACGUUCUAGAGUGACGGUGUCAUAAUGGGGAAUUUCAUCCCUGGAGGUCUCCGUGCUCGGAUGGUCAGGGCCCAUCCUCCCAUCUCUAAAGGUGCCCCUCCAGAUGGAGAAAAGGAGUCGGAAACCAAUCCGUUAUCCCCCGGUCAGCAAAAGGCUUUCGUUUUGGAGAGAGGUAGGUGGCCCACCUCAGUUUCUCCCAUUGGAUCCCGGCCUUCAAGAAGGAGGCAGCAGACACCUCUUAGAUCUCCACGUCCAGGAGAAAGUUUAGAGGCCUAGGUUGGUUGGACAGGUUUGAGGAAAAACAAGAGAACUGAACAGUGAGUACCAGUAAUACCACUUUACAAGGCCUUGGGAAGGCCACACUUGGAAUAUUGCAUCCAGCUUUGGACGUCACGAUGUAAAAAAAGAUGUGGAGACUCUGGAAAGAGUGCAGAGAAGAGCAACAAAGAUGAUUAGGGGGCUGGAGGCUAAAACAUUUGAA